AAAUGCUUUGGCCGUUUUGUUACGUUACGUUGUUCACCGCUCCGGGCUGUGAACUGGAGGUUGGUGCGCGCUCUGCUGCGCUCCACCACGUUUACCUGAGCUCCCUGUCUGCCGUAUUCAACCUUUGGCACAGGUCCAUACAGGCACUUUGUCACUCACUGCACUCUCCGGGACCGAGCAUGGCGCUUCAAGCUAGAGCUCUGGUCAGCACCAAAUGGCUUGCGGACGCAAUGUCGACCCGGGGGAAAAUGCGCAUCUUGGACAGCUCUUGGUAUUUGCCCAAACUGCGGAGAAACGCCAAAAGCGAAUUCAAGAUGAGGCACAUUCCUGGCGCAGCGUUCUUUGACAUAGACCAGUGCUGCGAUAAAACCUCCCCCCUGGACCACAUGUUGCCGUCGGAGAAAGUUUUCGCUGACUACGCUGGGAAUUUGGGAAUAGAAACCGACACGCACGUCGUCGUGUACGACCGCAGCGAGUUUGGUGCGUUCUCGGCGCCCCGCGUUUGGUGGAUGUUCCGGGUGUUCGGGCAUAGCGCGGUGUCUCUGCUCAACGGGGGGUUCAGGAACUGGGAACUGGAGGGACGACCGGUGAGCAACAGCUACGUCAGACCCUCUCCCACCGAAUACAAGGCAUCUCUGAAGCGCUCCUGGCUGAAGUCCUAUGAGGAUCUACUGGACAACCUGGACACUAAAGAGUUCCAGGUGGUGGAUGCAAGGCCCUCGGGACGAUUCAGAGGACUGGACCCUGAACCCAGAGACAACACAGAGCCCGGCCACAUCCCCGGUUCCGUCAACAUUCCUUUUCACUCCUUCCUGUCUGAGUCUGGACACUUUCUGCCUAAGGAGAAGCUCCGGGAGCUCUUCGUUCGUGCUGGAGUGGACCUCAGCCAUCCCAUCUGUGUGUCAUGUGGCUCAGGCGUGACGGCGUGCCACCUGGCGUUAGCAGCCCACGAGUGUGGACACCCGCAGGUGUCCGUGUACGACGGUGCAUGGUCCGAGUGGUACACCCGUGCCGUUCCUGAGCACGUCAUAUCUGAAGGCAGGGGGAAGCACGUGUGACCAGCUGAGAAGACGUGGUGUGGGACCAGAUCGGACUGGGACCGUAUUAACUGUACCUCAUUCUGCACCUGAAAUUAUAAAGUUACAGCCAGCUGUGGAUCUGGCAUGAACACAGACAUCCAACAGCUUUGAAUUUCUUUCUAAUGUCACAAAGAAGGUCUUUGAAACUGACACUACCUUAACACUACUGAUCCAUAAAUAUACAGCGGUGUUUACUCAUGGAUUCAGUUCAGAUAACUAGAUCCUUUUUUUGCUCCCUUUUCUGCUAAGAAAGGUAUCUAUAAUUUUUUUAACCUUUAUCCUAAAAGUGUACUUUUCACAUAAUGCAUAUAAAAGUGAAAAGCAAGCAAUAAAUAAUACAAAAUUA